GUCUAUAUAGAAUACUGUGAGCAACUUCUCAACAAACUGUUAGACUAACUCUGUGGGUACUCAUUAAGCAAACUUUUCAGCUUUGCUAUUACCUACUUAUAAAACUAAGAUUCCAACAUAACCUUUACAGGCUCAUGUGAGCACAGGCAAGUACAUAGAUGCAUUCCCCUCUGAUCCAUUUUAAAGAUGACUUUUCAGUCUUUAUAAAAUGACUAUACUGUAUAGUGUCACUUGCACUCUUCCGAUCUUACAAAAAACUGGCAGCAUAUCAGUUCUUUUUUCCUAAACAUUUGGAAACAUUUGUCACCGAACGAACAGUCUGGAAUCCCCCCAGCUAGCAGCAUUCCUACUGCUACGUUAGUAGUUGACUUGGCUUCUCUGCUGUGGGUGAAACAGAAAUCUGAAGCCUUGAUCCAGGCAGUUGCUGGGAGCCAGCAUUUGCAGCAGACUCGUCACUUGAUCCCACAUCAGUCACCCCCUAAGUCCAUGGGGACUAACACUUGUAUCUUGCUUUGCACUCUAAGUGCUUGCAAGAUGAAUGUGUGUGAUUUGCCAGGCAUCUUGUUCAGAAUGAAUGCUUCCUAUAGGCCUUUGGAAAGGGUCACUAAAUCUAAGUCAUAACUGGUCCUGGAGGUUUUCACGCUCUUUCAGUUUGAGAUGCUCUGUGUGUGUAUUGAGACAGCAUUCUCCAAACUGAAAUCUAGGCAUGUGUCUUUUUUAGUACUGAUCUUUCUUUUGUUUGGAUUUUAAAAACUGCUGCAGCAUUAGGGGCUUGUGUUCUGAGCCAGGUAUCCCCAGUAGUGAGCUCUACCAAAGAACUGAAACUACAGUGCUUAAGUUCCAGUAGAUUGGAGAACACCUAUUCUGCAUCCAUAUGCUUCCAUUCUUGUUCCAUCAUUGCUUCCCUGUCUCUCUGUCCCCCCGCUCCCAACAAACUCCUUAGUGAAUCUAAAGCUUGUCAGUUGUCCAAUAAAUAAAGUGAGCACAAGUGCCUUGAAGGUAAGCAAUCAAAUUUCAAAGCUGUUCGCUAUCAGUGCCGUUUGUUCUGGUUGCAUUCCAUCUGUUCCAAGACAAAGCCUUAAAUUAAAAGGGCAUAUGCAGAGAGGAAUGCAUAGAGAAAGGGGCUCUGACAAAAUAUGAGAAAAUGAAACCAAAAGAUAAGUGGAUAUACUGCUGAAUAUGUAAAAUUAAUAUUUAUUGCUGAGGAAUAGUGUGUGCCUCUUUCAAGACACUGUAGCCUGGCUAGACUAAAUGGGUGGAAGGGCAGAAGGUGGAGGACGUCUGCAUCCUAUUAUGAAUGGGAGGAAAUUACUGUCUGUACUCUGAAUGUUGGUGGGCUCUGAAUAUCCUGCCAGCUGUCUGGAUAGGACUCUUAGGACACAGAAUAAAAAGCAGAGACUUGUCAGUGCUCAGUGUCUAAAAUAACCUAGCAGGGAUCAAACUUUGAGACGAUUUGUGGGUUUCAACUGGCUUUCUUACUUUAACUGGAAACUCUCUGCUUUCUUUCAGGAGUGUGAUUCUCUUCUGAAAACACUGCUGCUCAAAAGCUGCAAACAGGAGAAGUAAAUCCCAUCUGGUUGUCAAGUCAUUGACUCAGUGUGAAAGUGCUUUCAUGAGGUAACAUUGGGCCAAAGUCACCUUUUCUUUCUCCUUUGUGAAUCUGCAGCCAAGCAAUGGGCCAGAAAAUAUCAGGGAGCAUAAAGUCUGUGGAUGUGAGGGAGCCCCCUUACAGACCUGUUAAACGAGAGUUGAGGGGCCCUGACUUUUGCAAGCCUGCACGUCUGGACAUGCUACUGGAUAUGCCCCCUGCCAAACUGGAGGUGCAGUAUAAGCAUGCUUGGAAUAAUGAAGAUCGCUCUUUAAAUAUAUUUGUAAAGGAAGAUGACAAACUCACUUUUCAUAGACAUCCAGUUGCCCAAAGCACAGAUUGUAUCCGGGGCAAAGUUGGCUACACCAGAGGUCUACAUGUCUGGCAAAUUCACUGGCCCACAAGGCAACGAGGAACACAUGCUGUGGUGGGUGUGUCAACAGCAGAAGCUCCGUUGCAUUCAGUAGGAUACACGUCAUUGGUUGGUAGCAAUAGUGAAUCCUGGGGCUGGGAUCUGGGACGGAACAAACUUUAUCACAAUUGUAAAAACCAACCUGGGGUGACAUAUCCUGUCUUUUUGGAACCGGAUGAGCCUUUUGUACUCCCAGACACCUUACUAGUGGUUUUGGAUAUGGAUGAAGGGACACUUAGCUUCAUGGUGGAUGGACAGUAUCUUGGAGUGGCCUUCAGGGGACUGAAAGGGAAAAAAGUUUACCCUAUAGUCAGUGCGGUUUGGGGGCACUGUGAAAUUACCAUGACAUACAUCAAUGGACUUGAUCGUGAAGAAAGUUUCCAGAAUCUUCAGGUUUUUGCUCUAAUUUUAAAAUGUCCAGCUUUCAAAAAGUUUGUCAUUGGAAGAUUUUACACCCACACUUCAUUAUUGGUUUUAUCAGCGGAGCCCCUACCUUUAAUGGACUUGUGCCGAAGAUCAAUUCGGUUUGCUCUUGGCCGAGACCGCCUGCAUGACAUAGAAUCUCUACCUUUGCCUCAGUCUCUGAAAAAUUAUUUGCAGUAUCAGUAAGAAGCCUAGAACCCCGCUGGCCUCAUGUUGGACUAAAUCAAUGCAAAUGGCAGAUAUUAUUGUUUACAGCAAAAUAUAAAUCUUUGUGGCGGACACUUGAGUGUUAUUUAAUUUUUAAUAUAUAUAUUUUUUUGAAUCAACCACAGCAGAACCUUAAAGGGACUACUGAAGAAUGUGAAAAGAUUAAUCUGAUCUAGAUUUGUAUAUUAUCUGUUACCUACUGUUUGCCAUCUUUUCAGAUGAUAUCGAAGGCUGAAUCCCCUUGGAUCAAUUGUCCAUCUGGCAGAUGUUAGCUUACCUGUAUUGACUUCUGGUAAACACGAGCUGAACAUCUGGCCCCAAAUUUUAUCCUUGUACAGAAAAGCAUCCUUUCAAUAAUGUGAUUGCUGCAUAUUAGUGAAAGAAAUGACACCAUGUGAAAUUUUCAGUGUUUAAAAAAUAGGACUUCAUUUCCAGAGUUGCUAAGUGAUUUCGGCUCUCAAAUUUUAUCUGGAAUUCCAAGUGCUCAGUGCUUCAGAAAAUCAAGCUCACAAU